UUGCGUCCCCACUGUCUCUCCCUCUCUCUCUGCGGUAAAGAUUCGUACUAAUUUUAUUCGAUGAAUACUCAAAGUUUAUUCCUUAGUCUCUCUCCUACUGCAAGUGCAACAGCAGGAGUUCUCACCAUUCCCAAAUUCAUUAUCACCUCUCUGUCUCUCUGUCUCUGUCUCUCUCUCGCUCUUCUUCUCCUCCUCCUCCUCACGUUUGCCCUGUCUCUCUCUGAAUAGGGAACACAUAGUUUGGAGGUGGAUGCUAUAGAAUGGAGCGGGCUCAGCUCCUUCUUCCAGCUCGUUGCUCUGUUUUCUAGAACCUCCUCUGUGUUUCAGCUCAUCAUACUUUUCCUUCUCGGUUUGAAUCUUUAAAUUUACAAAACCCAUCCUUCGUCUCUGUCUGAUCACCAUCCUCUUCGCUUAAUACUGCUCAAAGCUCUCAUUUUGGGUCUCCUUGGUGAUAUCCCCUCUCUCUCUCUCUCGUUCUUUCGAGGUUUUAUCAAGUUCCAAUAUUGCUAAUCCACCUAUUGCAUUCGUUCACCGAUUACCUGUGGGCUUUUUCUUUGGCCAAUAAAAAAGGAUACCCACCUUUUUGCCUUGAGAUUCAGAGAAUUCCCCUUUCUCUUUUUCUUACUCUUCCUUUAUCCUUGUAUUGCUUUCUGGUCUAAUUCUUACAUUAUUUUGUGUUUAACCUUUUAAAAGAGCGAAUAUUUUCACGUCCUCAAUUUCUGUGGGUGGGAAUCGCUGUCACCAGCCGUCCAACCUUCAAAAAACCGUUGCUUCCCUCUCUCUGUCUAUAUCUCUCAGAGUAGUGAGAUACAGAGUGAUAUAAUCAGCACUCUAGUUGAGACCCCCUUAUUCACUAAGGAGGGUGAAAAGAAAAAAUAAUUUUGGGGAAAAUAAGGAAAAAGGAUGAAUUUUUCCAAGUGGGUUUUGUGCUUGGGGCUGUUGGGUUGUUCCGUUUUUGUUGCUCACGUGGAGGGUCUUGGUGUGAAUUGGGGCACGAUGGCCACUCACGAGUUGCCCCCGGGGACAGUGGUGCAAAUGUUGAAGGACAAUGGGAUCAAGAAGGUGAAGCUUUUCGAUGCCGAUCAGUACACCCUGAGCGCCCUCGCGGGGAGCAACAUCGAGGUCAUGGUCGCCAUACCGAACGACCAGCUCGCUUCCAUGACCAGCUACGAGAGGGCGAAGCAGUGGGUGCAGCGCAACGUCACCCGGUACAACUUCAAUGGGGGAGUUAGCAUCAAAUAUGUAGCAGUUGGAAAUGAGCCAUUUCUCUCAGCCUACAAUGGCUCAUUCCUAAAUGUCACCUUCCCAGCACUUCAGAACAUCCAAAAUGCCCUGAAUGAGGUAGGGGUUGGGGACACCGUUAAGGCCACCGUACCUGUGAACGCAGACGUGUACAACUCCCCCGUCAGCAAUCCCGUACCAUCCGCUGGGAGGUUUAGGACUGACAUCAGCGAUCUCAUGACCCAAAUUGUCGAGUUCCUAGCCAAGAACAGCGCACCUCUCACCGUCAACAUUUAUCCAUUCCUGAGUCUCUAUGGUAACGACAACUUCCCCAUCGACUAUGCCUUCUUCGAUGGGGCCACCCCAGUCGUGGACAACGGGAUACAAUACACGAACGUGUUCGAUGCCAACUUCGACACUCUAGUAUCGGCUCUUAAGGCGGUGGGCCAUGGGGACAUGACCCUCAUGGUGGGUGAAGUGGGAUGGCCUACAGAUGGUGACAAGAAUGCCAAUAUAGCUAGUGCUGUUAGAUUCUACAACGGUCUUAUGCCGAGGCUCGCGGCCAAUACUGGGACCCCACUCCGGCCUGGUUACAUUGAAGUAUACCUCUUUGGUCUUAUUGAUGAGGAUGCGAAGAGCAUCGCCCCAGGAAGUUUUGAGCGGCACUGGGGGAUAUUCCGCUACGAUGGGCAGCCCAAGUUCCCAUUAGAUCUAUCUGGCCAGAAUCAGAACAAGUUCCUUGUUGCCGCUAAGAAUGUGAAUUAUCUUCCUCAGCAGUGGUGCGUGCUGAAUCCUAAAGCGAACGAUCUGAGCAAGCUGGGGACGAACAUAAACUAUGCUUGCACCUUUGCAGAUUGCACAUCCCUAGGAUACGGAUCGUCCUGCAACAGCUUAGAUGCCAAUGGCAACGCGUCAUACGCGUUCAACAUGUACUACCAGGUUCAAAAUCAGAACCCUCUCAGCUGCAACUUUGAAGGCUUGGCCACUGUCACGACGCAGAACAUAUCGCAAGGCACGUGCAACUUUAUCAUCCAGAUUGCUGCUUCCCCAUCCUCUUCACUGGGGCCUUCUUUGGUGGCUCUAGUGCUAUCGGCGGUGUUUGCUUUCCUUUUCCAAUAGCCUUUUUGUCCUUGUAGAUAGCUUCCGUAUGUAUUAUUUCUGAUUUUUUGGGUUUUCGAUACUCUCUUGUAUCCUCAUUGUUUUUCAUUGUUGAACACAAUAAAGUUACAGAGAGUUCAUCUUGAGUUAAAAUUAGCAAUGUAACGAUAGUUCAAUGAUUGGACUAUGCAUACUUUAAA